CUAAAUCUUCACCUUCUACAGAUUAGGGUUUUGAACUUUCAGUUCGGUGACGGUGACUCUGGUUACUAUCUCCUGUGGAACAAAGAUCGAAGCAAAGAAACCCUAAUUGAAAAUGGUGAAGGGACGCCAAGGAGAGCGUGUCAGACUCUACGUCAGAGGAACAAUCCUCGGAUACAAGAGGUCGAAGUCGAACCAGUAUCCAAACACGUCUCUGAUCCAGAUUGAGGGAGUGAACACCAAGGAGGAGGUGGAUUGGUACCGUGGAAAGCGCAUGGCGUACAUCUACAAGGCCAAGGUGAAGAAGAAUGGGUCCCACUAUCGCUGCAUUUGGGGCAAGGUUGCAAGGCCUCAUGGUAACAGCGGUGUUGUUCGUGCCAAGUUCAAGUCCAAUCUGCCCCCUAAAUCUAUGGGUGCUAGAGUAAGAGUUUUCAUGUACCCCAGCAACAUUUAAGUUUCUCAGGACUUCUAGAUGACAAGAGAUUGGUCACUUGGAAGAAGAUUUGCAUUUCUAUCUGUUUUAUGAACCGAGUUUAAAUGUCUUGUUUGUUAAUCAAUCAGUUUUGUUGGUUUAGGAUAUUGUAUGGAUACCAUUGUUCGAAACACUGUACUAAUGUUAUGGGGUUUUUCCUACCUUUUGAGUA